AUGGGAAAUAGGUUACAAUCAUAUACCUCACUUGGAUUUAUAUUAUGUAUUGUUAAAGUGAUUUUGAUAACACUAUUACAUGUCACAUAUUCAGUUUCUUUAGAGGAAUAUGACGAAAUGGCGUAUGCUGUCCCUACAGAAAGCAUCGAUAUUGAUUUGUUUCUGAAAUCACAUUCAUCAUAUAAUAAGUACACCACUUCCCAAAAGAAUCUGAACGCAACUGUUUUAGCAUAUGUAACGCCUUGGAAUAAACUAGGAUACGAAGUAGCAAAAAUAUUCGGUGCUAAAUUCAACCUUAUUGCUCCUGUGUGGUUUGAAGUCCAAGGUGAAAAAAAGGCAUAUACAGUUACUGGGAUCCCUGAAAUUAACACUGAAUGGCUUAGUGAAAUUCGCACUGUGAAUCCUGAUGUAAAGAUAGUACCUCGAUUUUCCUUCGGUCCAUGGGAAGACCGAGAUUAUGCCGCAACUUUAAAAGAUGUUCCUAAAACAGAUAAAUGUAUUCGAAAUGUGAUCAAUAUUUUAAAGAAAUAUAAUUUUGAUGGUGCAGUCAUAGAAAUAUGGGCACAGUUCUCUGGUGUAGAACUACAAUCACUGAUAGAUUUUAUAGUACGACUUUCUGAUAAUUUGCAUUCAGACGGCAAGCUUUUUGUGCUCGUUAUCCCACCUCCUGUUUACUAUGAAGGCAUAGAAGGAAGAUUUAAAGAAGAACAUUUUAAAAUAUUGGCCGAUUAUGUUGACUAUUUUAGCUUAAUGACCUACGACUAUUCUUCACCUCAUAGACCUGGGCCUAAUAGUCCUUUGAGUUGGGUAGAAGAAUGCAUUAAUCGUUUAGUUCCAAAGAAUUCUUUAAACCAGGCAAAAUUGCGUAAACAAAUUUUAGUGGGUUUAAACUUUUAUGGAAUCGAUUACUUGCCUAAAAAAUUAAUCGGUGAACCUAUUAAAGGCAAUGAUGUUAUUGAAAUAUUUGAGAAGUAUCAACCGAAUUUUAAAUGGGAUAAAAAAUGGGCUGAACAUAGCUUCUCUUACAAGGAUAAAAAAUCGCAAGAUCACUUGGCUUUCUAUCCUACCUUGAUGUCGAUAGCACAACGUCUACAAGCUAUACUAUCCAGAGUUCUGUCGUUACUGUUGUAUUCAUUUUUUAAACUAUUAACUAUCCCUCUAAUAAUGGCUCCUGUUACCCUUCAAAUGUAUCUGCAAGAUGUUACUAAUUGUAUCAAUAAUCGAAACGGUAGAGGAUUGAGUCACUACCUUAUGUGUAGUGACCCUCAUGUAUAUAAUUCUCGUCUAGCAGUGCCAGACCCAGAAAAUAUUGCUGUGUCGUACCUUGUAUCACCUUGGGAUGAGAUAGUUUCUGCUCAUGUGAGAUGUAUAUGGGCAAUGCGUAACCGUGACUUCGAAGAAGCCUAUGCUUGUCAAAUAGUAUUAGUAAAAUAUCCUUUAAAAAUUAUUUAUCAACCUGUAGCUUAACAAUCUUGAUAAUUAAGCUUAAACCAGUAAAUCACAGCCUCAAAUUUUAUUUAUUAUACUCUUUUGAAUAUCUAGGAACUAAUGAGAUAAAUGCGUAGCUGUUAAUUUAUUUCACUAAACUACGUGUGUUUAGCAAGUUUCAACUUUCUUGUUACUUAAUUCUAUCGUUUACAUAACAGAUGUUUACAAUCAAUGCGCACCAAUCCUUGGGUUGUGUUAUAUAUCACUGAAAACUGUGGAAGCUGAGCUCAUUGAUUUGAGUAUUUGGUCUUUAACCAGUCAAUCUUCUGCUUGCAAUAAAAUCUACUCGAUGAGGUUUAGGUAGAGUAGUUUUAUCACCACCUCUCGUGUAUUUAUUCCAUAGUCUAUUUUAUUUAUCUUUGAAUGUCUUAGAAGUGAUUCCUGACAGAAUAGCUUCACAUGUUUGGCGAAUGAUAUGAGCAAGCUUAUUUAUUCUUUUUAUUAGUAAGUGAUUAAUCUUCCAACAGUGAAUAUGUGCAAUUAUUAUCUAAACUCUUGUGUUUCUACUUCUACACUCAGUCUGGUGUAUUUUGUGUAUUUCGUCCGGAUUAUUUCUUGUUUCCAAUUACGUAAGAAAGAUUUGAAGUGGAUCUGUUUGGGUCCGAGAGAAAGUGCAAUUCAGUGGCCUGAGACGUUAUCAGACAUGGCUCAGAAUAGAAGUCAGUGUCGAUCAUGCUGUAAUUUUUUACUGUUUUUCCAAAAUGAAAGAAACUUCCGGAAUUAAGAGGGCUUUUUCUGGUUGCAUUUUUAUUAACGAAACUUUUUUUCGCACUAUAUACCACUCUCGUUGACUUAUUUUUAUCCAUUUUUUAAAGGUACUACUCACCCUUCUUCCUCUGUCUUUUCAGAAUCUCAUUUUCUUGUUAUAUGAUCCAUAUUUAUUCCGGUGUUUAUCUGAACCAAUACUUACCUAUUUAAACAAAUCAGUGUGAUAAAUAAUCAUGAACAAAGGAAAAUACAGCAACAUGAUUGCUUCAUUUUUACUGUGUGAAAUACGAUUGGGACAUUAUGUUAAUUAUUCCUCUCCAAAGAGGAGUUUGGUCUAAUUUAGAUAAAGGGUUCCAUUUUCUUACGCAGUAAUAAAUUAAAAAGUGGAUAAAAUAGUUUCAAACAAUCGAUUUUUUAAUAAUUCGUAGAAUUAGUUUAUUUAUUCAGUUCUUUUAACGGAUUGCUUUCGCCUUAACUUUUGAUAUUGAUAACAUUUUGCGAAUCUCUGAAUAAACGACUGUUGCCAAAGCACUCUCUGA